ACAGGCCCUCUUGUUUCUUUGAAGAGACACAGAUGACUCUCUAAUCUCUAUCAAUAAUUCAAUAUCAUCAUAAAUACCGCGGACACACAUUGGAUAGGGGGCAGAGCUUGAAUUGAAUCAUCUCCCACACCCAUCAGCCAUCACCAUCUCCGAUGAGAUGUUCCUUCAUUAGGCCUAUCGUGGGCUUUUAUUUGUUGGGCUCUAAGACUUUACCUACGUGGGCUUUUGUUAUAGGCCCACAGAAGCCGGCCCAUGGUGUAAGGUGAAAGCCGUAAUUCAACUUGCUCAGGGGUGGGUGGAUGGGUGUUUGUUUCAAUUCGAUUUCUUCUCUGCAGAAAAUCGAAUCAAUCGAUGGAUGCUUUAAUUUCGUGUGGUUAUUGAGGAAAUUUCAUAUCCGCAAGGGCAGAGAGUAGAAGGAAGAAGAGAGAAAGAGAGAAGCUGCUGCUGAAUCGUAAUCGAUCUUAUAUCUACACUCUACCAUGGACAUUGAUGAUGAUUUCACAUUUUGUCAGGUCAGUGCACCUGUUGAUGUUGAAACAAACAAGCUUGCUUCAGAUAUAGCUGAUAUUUCCAUUAAAGAAGAAUCUUCAAAUGCAUCUAAUACUGCUCAGGAUAAUGCUUUACCCAAUCAGAAGGAGGCUACCGUUGGUUCUUUGUCUUUCACUGUAACUAGCACAGCUUCUAGUCGGCCAAAUGAAUCCACCACAAAAUUAGUACCAACUCAGGCUAACAUUUCGUCUCUAAAGUCACCGGCACAGAAGAAUUCCGUUAAGAAGCCAACGGUUCGGGCCAAAGUUCCUUUUGAGAAAGGCUACAGUCAAAUGGACUGGCUCAAGCUCACCCAAACACAUCCUGACCUUGCAGGUCUGAAAGGGCAGUCAAACAAGAGACUUAUUUCUAUGGAUGAAGUUAGAAAACACCAGACAGAGGGCCAAAUGUGGACUGUAUUAAAAGGCCGUGUUUAUAAUAUAUCUCCAUACAUGAAGUUUCACCCUGGAGGUGUUGAUAUGUUGAUGAAGGCGGUGGGAAAAGAUUGCACAUCUUUAUUCAAUAAAUACCAUGCUUGGGUUAAUGCUGAAUUCUUAUUGGAAAAAUGCUUUGUGGGUACCUUAGAUGAAGGUCAGUGAAGAUUUCAUUCUAAUAAUGCAUAAACACAUGAAGAUACCCUUGGCUCCAAUCCGUUAUACCUCUUCAUGGGCCCUCUCUAUUUACUGACCAGGGGCCAUCAAGCAAGGAGGAAUAAAUUCUGUAGGUAUACACGUUUCUGUUUAAAGAUCUCAAUGGGAGUUUGUUCUACAAUUAUGGAUGAGUACAGUUAUCUUGUAAACUAGAAAUUUGGAUUAACAAUGUAACAAUUCUCUGUGUGAUGCAUUGCCAUUUUAUUUUUUUGGAUGA